AUGAGAAUAUAUAGGUGUUGGUUUUGUUCGAGUCCAAUAUACCCUGGUCACGGGAUUCUAUUUGUCAGAAAUGACUGUAAAGAAUUCCGUUUCUGUAGAGGAAAGUGUCAUAAAGCGUUUAAAAAGCAUAAAAAUCCUCGCAAAGUAAGAUGGACUAAAGUUUCCAGAAGAGUUCGCGGGAAAGAACUAACUGAUGACCUUUCCCAAACAUUUGAGAGGAAGCGAAAUUCAUUGCUGAAGUAUGAACGAGCAGCAGUUCAAAAAAUCGUUGCUGCUGUUCCAAAAAUUGAUCAGAUCAAGCAUAAACGAGAAUCCGCAUUUAUCAAAAAACGACUUUCGAAAGGAGUACAGUUGCGUAGAGAAGAAGAUAUUAAACUUGUUAACACACAAAUGCAUCUUAUUGAAGCCCCAGGAGCCAAAAGAAAGCGUGAACUAAUGGAUGUUGAUUCUGAAACAGAUUUGUCAGAAGAGGAAACAAUGGACCUUUCAUUUACUGAACUCGAGAAGGAGACAAGUAAAAGAAAAGCAGUUGAUAAGUCAAAAACUCUUGGCAAGAAACAAAAAAUCGCUUUGGAAGCUAGCUGA